CGACUCUGCUCAUACUUCUUUUCGUUCUUCCUCCCCCUUUACUCUCAUUCCUUCCAUUUUCUUCCUCCCCUCCUUUUUUUGUCGUUAAAGACUUAAACGCUGCUCAAAUUCUCUUCACUUUCCCGUACUUUGUUUCCCGUCACCGUGCGUACCGCCUCGGGAAAUCGCAGAGUGAUCUAGUCUCGGAUCACCAGCCUCGUGGUCGUCGUCUGGCGUUGACUCGCCACGGCCACGACUGAGAUCGCCUUCUGAUAUCACAACAACCGUCCCGUCUGCACAAAAGAAAAGCCAUCGUGCUGAGGGGCGCACUCUCAGCGUUGCUGCAUUUCGAAGGUGGGAGGACGUGUCCUAGACAUCAGCCAGCUCAGGCCAGGAGAAUCCUCUCGAAUUUUCUCCUAUUUCACUCUCUUUCCGGCCUCCCUUCCCACUACUGCAAAGCCUUCCGCCAAAAAACAUGACGGAUAAAGUCCCUAGAAUGAGUGACGACCGCCAGACUUCUGAGGACAGUCACAGGGCAUCCUCCACCGAUACCGAGAAUGCGCGAGAGGAGGCCCGUCGAAGAAACCCUCGCGGAUUCACAAACGUCGACCAGGGCGUCUCGGUCGAGCAAGCCGAGGCCGAUUUCGCCGAACUGCGACGUGAGCUGUCGGGCAUUUCUCGUGCCAGCCGAGUUGCCAGCCGUCGUAAGUCGGGUGUCCAUGUCGACCCCGAGAAGGCCGUGGACCUCGCCGCCUCCUCUUCUGACGGCAGCUUCGAGCAGUUCGACCUGGAAAGUGCCCUGCGCGGUGGCUUGGACGCUGAGCGCGAAGCUGGCAUUCGUCCCAAGCACAUCGGUGUGUACUGGGAUGGUCUCACCGUCAAGGGUAUGGGCGGCACCGCCAACUAUGUCCGCACCUUUCCCGAUGCCUUUGUGAGCUUCUUCGACGUCGUUAGCCCCAUUAUCAACCUUCUGGGCCUGAAGAAGAAGGGCGUGGAGCGCACCCUGUUGGACGACUUCCGGGGCGUCUCCUUACCCGGAGAGAUGGUCCUCGUUCUUGGCAGGCCCGGCUCCGGUUGCACCACAUUCCUCAAGACCAUCGCCAACCAACGGGCUGGAUACACAUCCGUCGAGGGUGAUGUCCGAUACGGGCCCUUCACCGCCAAGGAGUUCAACCGCUACCGCGGCGAGGCCGUGUACAACCAGGAGGACGACGUCCAUCUCUCGACGCUGACUGUUGAACAGACCCUGAAUUUUGCCCUCGAGACCAAGACCCCCAAGAAGCGCCCAGCCGGCAUGUCCAAGCAGGACUUCAAGGCCACCGUCAUCUCUACCUUGCUCAAGAUGUUCAACAUUGAGCAUACGAGACACACCGUGGUCGGCGACGCCUUUGUGCGUGGCAUCUCCGGAGGCGAAAAGAAACGCGUCUCGAUUGCCGAGAUGAUGGUCACCAACGCCUGUAUCCUCUCUUGGGAUAACAGCACCCGGGGCUUGGACGCCAGUACUGCCCUCGACUUCACUAAAUCUCUCCGCGUGCUGACCAACCUUUACAAGACGACAACGUUUGUGUCGCUAUACCAAGCCUCGGAAAACAUCUAUAACCUGUUCGACAAGGUCAUGGUCAUUGACAGCGGAAAGCAAGUCUUCUUCGGCCCCGUAGCCGAAGCGAGGGCCUACUUCGAGGGCCUCGGCUUUGCUCCCAGGCCGCGCCAGACCACGCCUGACUACCUGACCGGCUGCACCGACGAGUUCGAGCGGGAGUACGCACCCGGCCGUUCUCCCGAGAAUGCACCGCGCGACGCCGAGACCCUGGCCCAGGCGUUCAAGUCCUCGGCAUUCCAGAAGCGCCUCGGCGCCGAGAUGGAAAACUAUAAGGCCAACCUGGAAAAGGAGGCCGACCGUCACGAGGACUUCCGCGUCGCCGUGUGUGAGGCGAAGCGCGGGUCAUCCCACCGGUCCGUCUACUCGGCCGGCUUCCACCUUCAGGUCUGGGCUCUCAUGAAACGCCAGUUCCUCCUCAAGCUGCAGGACCGCUUCCUUCUUUCCCUUUCCUGGCUCCGUUCCAUCGUGAUCGCCAUCGUCCUUGGUACCCUGUUCUACGACCUCGGCAGCACCUCGGCCAGCGCCUUCAGCAAGGGCGGCCUCAUGUUCAUCGCCCUCUUGUUCAACGCCUUCCAGGCCUUCUCCGAGCUCGCAGGCACCAUGCUGGGCCGCGGCGUCGUCAACAAGCACAAAGCGUACGCCUUCCAUCGGCCCUCGGCUCUCUGGAUAGCCCAGAUCCUCGUGGACCAGGUGUUCUCCGCCAGCCAGAUCAUGGUUUUCUCCAUUAUCGUCUACUUCAUGACGGGCCUCGUCCGGGACGCGGGCGCCUUCUUCACAUUCUACCUCAUGGUCCUGUGCGGUAACAUCGCCAUGACUCUCUUCUUCCGCACACUGGGCUGCGUCAGCCCGGAUUUCGACUACGCCAUCAAGUUUGCUUGCGUGCUCAUCACCUUCUUCGUCGUCACGUCGGGCUAUCUGAUACAGUACCAGUCCAUUCCACCGUGGUUCCGCUGGAUGUUCUGGGUGAAUUCUUUAGGCUUAGCCUUUGCCGGCAUGAUGGAGAACGAGUUUGGCCGCAUCGAUUUGACCUGUUCCGACGAGUCGCUCAUCCCUUCAGGCCCGGGCUACGGCGAUAUCAACCAUCAGGUCUGCACGCUGCCCGGUUCCCGGCCUGGCACGACCUUUGUCGAGGGCUCUGACUACAUCUCGCAGGGAUUUUCGUACUACCCCGGAGGACUCUGGCGCAACUUCGGCAUCAUUAUGGCCCUCAUCAUUUUCUUCCUCAUCCUCAAUGUCGUCUUCGGCGAGCUCGUCAAGUUCGGCGCCGGCGGCAACACGGCCAGGGUGUACCAGAAACCGAAUGCUGAGCGCAAGAAGCUCAACCAGGCGCUGCUGCAGAAACGCGACGGGAAGCGGAAGGGCAAGAAGGAGGCCGAGAGCUCGGAGGGUCUCGAGAUUCAGUCGGAGAGCGUGCUUACCUGGGAGAAUCUCGACUACGACGUGCCGGUUCCGGGGGGCACCCGUCGCCUGCUCAACAACGUCUUUGGGUACGUCAAGCCGGGGCAACUCACCGCCCUUAUGGGCGCUUCGGGUGCCGGAAAGACCACCCUCCUCGACGUCCUCGCGGCGCGGAAGAACAUUGGUGUCAUUACGGGGGAUGUGCUCGUCGAUGGUGUCAAGCCGGGGAAGCAGUUCCAGCGCAGUACUUCGUAUGCCGAGCAAAUUGACAUGCACGACCCGACACAGACGGUUCGGGAGGCGCUUCGGUUCUCGGCUGACCUCCGACAACCUUUUGAGACACCGCAGGAAGAACGAUACUCGUAUGUGGAAGAGAUCAUCGCGCUGCUGGAGAUGGAGGAAAUCGCGGAUUGCAUAAUCGGCACGCCCGAGUCGGGCCUGACGGUCGAGCAGCGCAAGCGUGUCACAAUCGGCGUCGAACUGGCCGCGAAGCCCGAGCUUUUGCUUUUCCUGGACGAACCGACAUCGGGCCUUGAUAGCCAGAGCGCGUAUAACAUUGUCCGCUUUCUGCGGAAGUUGGCGGCGGCCGGCCAGGCUAUCCUGUGCACCAUCCACCAGCCCAACGCUGCCCUCUUUGAUCACUUUGACCGGUUGCUGCUGUUGCAGAGGGGUGGCCGCACCGUCUACUUCGGCGACAUCGGCCCGGACGCGAGUAUUCUGCGUGACUAUCUGAGCCGCCACGGUGCCGACGCCAAACCGACAGAUAACGUGGCAGAGUUCAUGCUCGAGGCCAUCGGCGCGGGCUCGACGCCUCGCAUCGGCUCGCGUGACUGGGCGGACAUCUGGGACGAGAGCCCAGAGCUGGCCAACGUCAAGGAGACCAUCCGGCAGAUGAAGGAGCAACGGUCGGCCGCUGUCAAAUCCAUCGACCCGAGCCUCGAGAAGGAAUACGCCAGCCCCGUGCUUCACCAGCUGAAGGUGGUCGUCGCCCGGAUGAACCGCAGCUUCUGGCGCAGCCCCAACUACCUCUUCACCAGGCUCUUCAACCACGUCGCGGUGGCGCUGAUCACGGGGCUGACGUACCUCAACCUCGACAACAGCCUGAUCAGCCUGCAGUACAAGGUGUUCAUCAUGUUCCAGGUGACGGUGCUGCCGGCGCUCAUCAUCAGCCAGGUGGAGGUCAUGUUCCACGUCAAGCGGGCCAUCUUCUUCCGCGAGGCGUCGUCCAAGAUGUACAACCCGUUCACGUUUGCCACUUCCAUGGUGGUGGCCGAGAUGCCGUACUCGAUCCUCUGCGCCGUAGUGUUCUUCGUGCUCAUCUACUUCCCGCCGGGUCUGCAGGCGGAGGCGUCGCGGGCGGGCUACCAGUUCCUCAUGGUCCUCAUCACCGAACUCUUCUCCGUGACGAUGGGCCAGGCUCUCGCGGCGCUGACGCGGUCGUCCUUCAUCUCGUGCCAGUUCGACCCGUUCAUCAUGAUCACGUUCGCGCUGUUCUGCGGCGUGGUCAUCACGCCGCCGCAGAUGCCGGGUUUUUGGCGCGCCUGGCUGUACCACCUCGAUCCCUUCACGCGGCUCAUCGGCGGCAUGGUCACGACGGCGCUGCAGGGGGUCGAAGUGCAGUGUACGCCGGGCGAGCUCAGCGCGUUCACGGCGCCCGAGGGGCAGACGUGCGGCGAGUACAUGCGGGACUUUUUCGACGCGGGCGGUCCCGGGUAUCUGGUCAGCAAUGAUACGCAGUCGUGCGAGUACUGCGCGUUCCAGGUGGGCGAUGAGUUUUACGAGCCCAUGCUGUUCGAGUUCGGGCUGCGGUGGCGGGAGCUGGGCAUUUUCCUGGCUUUCGUGGGCAGCAAUUUGAUCAUUCUCUUCGCAGCGUCUCGAUUCCUCAACUUCAACCGGAGAUGAGCAACUGGUUUCGGCCUGUUGACAAUUUUUUCUUAUACAUUCCUUAUAAUACCAUACAUUGGGUUCGUCAUGGCCCAGAUAGAGUACAGUGAUAGAGGUGGGAAAAGCGGAGCAUAUAGGCGCAUCGGGCAUCGGGCAUCUUAUCACUGGCUUUCUUUGAUAUUGUUCCUGUUUUCUUCGGAUUUUUUUUUCCUCUUUUCCAUUUGCACCUUUUUCUCUCUUUUUCUCUCUCUUUGUUUUACAGCAGAUAUAGCGUGGCGCUUAGCUGGCUGUCCUUGAACAGGCUUGUUAGACUAAACCAAAAGAACAGUUGACGAAAUCCUGCCUGGAGCAAGUAUAUGCAUACAAGGGAUGUGAAGGGAAUCGGGGACAGAAGGGAAAUAAUUGUGCAGUCCCCAAAGACAACUAAA